ACCAAAAACAAAACAAAAUAAAAUAAAAAAUUGUGGCGUCUAAUUAUAGUAGUUGCAGACUUGCAGUUUCCUCCUCGUGACACGCUUCUUGCUCUGUGUCCGCGUUUGAGUUUCAUGGCUUCUACAUCUCCCACGCUCCCUUUGCCUUUCGCCCAGCGACACCACUGUGUUUCUCAGCGCCAACUUUUCCUCUUCACGAAAUCGCCUAACGGAGUUUUUUCUCCGUCUUCUUUGGCUUCAAAACGGAGAUGCAAUUCGAAGCGCGUUUACGCGAAUGCGCAAAACGCUCUGAACGCGGAAGUGGUUCAAGCUCAAAGUUCGGAGUCGAAGAAGGAUUCCCAACGCAAUUCAUCUUCCUCCAAACUCGUCCUUGUUGUUGGUGGCUCCGGAGGCGUUGGGCAGCUGGUAGUAGCAUCAUUGCUUCAGCGGGAUGUUAAGUCACGCUUGAUACUUAGGGAUCCUGAGAAAGCUACAGAGCUGUUUGGUGAACAAGAUAAGGAGAAACUGCAGGUAUUCAAAGGAGACACAAGGAAGGAGGAGGAUAUGGAUCCAUCCAUAUUUGAGGGUGUCACACACGUGAUUUGCUGCACAGGAACAACAGCUUUUCCUUCAAGGCGGUGGGAUGAUGAUAAUACACCAGAGAGGGUUGAUUGGGUGGGAGUAAAGAAUCUAGUAUCUGCAUUGCCUUCCUCGGUGAAGAGAGUUGUUCUUGUGUCAUCGAUAGGUGUGACCAAGUUUAAUGAAUUGCCAUGGAACAUUAUGAACCUAUUUGGUGUCCUGAAGUAUAAGAAGAUGGGGGAGGAUUUUCUUAGGAGUUCUGGCUUUCCAUUUACCAUAAUCAGACCUGGAAGGUUGACAGAUGGACCAUACACAUCUUAUGAUCUCAAUACUUUGCUCAAAGCAACGGCUGGACAACGACGAGCAGUCCUUGUAGGUCAAGGAGAUAAACUAGUUGGAGAGGCCAGCAGAAUUGUGGUUGCUGAAGCUUGCGUGCAAGCACUAGAUCUCGAAGUCACUGAAAACCAAGUAUAUGAAGUUAACUCUGUUGAGGGGGAAGGUCCAGGAAAUGAAUCUAAGAAGUGGCAAGAAUUAUUCGAGGCUGCGCACUCACGCUAACUGGACUACCAAUAAACUUUUAAAGCAUUUCAAGCCAUGUGUAUUAUAAGAAAUCUGAAAUGUGAUUUAAGUUACUCUAAUUUGUUGAGGCCAAAACUCAUAUCAGAAAGAAUAAGAGAUGGCUUUCUGCUUAUGGCGAAAACCGUUUAUAGCCCUUUUUAUUCCAACUAGCAAUUUUCAAUUCA